CCAUCCUCUACCUCCGAUCAAAACUCUCUCUCUCUCUCUCUCUCUCUCUCUCUCUUUCAAGCACAAAAUUGGGGGUGUGUCAAGUCCACGGAACUCUCUUCUCAAACAGAAUUACAGCACAAAGCCCCAAGGGCAACCUAAGGCAAGAGCAUCCCAAGACGCUGCUGUAGCAGCAGCAGCCGAUGAAGACCAUCGUAUCAAAAAAGAAAAGAAAAGAAAAAAGGCUUGGUAUUGUGUUAUGUUAACAAAAAUUUGGAAUGGGAGGAAUCGGUAAAAAGAGAUGUUUUGCGACGCAUCACCACCCUACAAGAUUUGGAAACAAAAAUGGUUCACAACACAAGGCUUGAGACCAAGUGUAUUGAAAAUAUCAGGAGUUCUGUUAUAUGUAGAGCAAACAUUACACAUUUUGAUACACGUAAUGGAUGGUGGUACAAAGCGUGUCCAUCUUGCUACAAACAACUAAGGACCAUUUCCCACACUGAUCGGCUGGUCUGUCCAAAGCACAACACAAAAGAUCAAGCCCCUUUUCCUUGGUUUAGCGUGGGAUUGAUUCUUGAAGACGCAAGCGAUGAGACCAAUGCCAUGAUCAUAGUCAAAGCAGCACAGCAUCUAUUAGGGAUUUCUUACUGUCAUUUGGUUGUUGAAAAGGGUUUUACCAGCCAAGAAGAAUUCCCAGAUGCAAUUCUUCGAGUCAGAGGCCAGUAUAAAUUAUAUGAAAGUAAUUGUAUUAUUAAGGGAGAGGGGCUUGAUCUUUUGUGUUGUGCUUUGGACAAACCAGCCGAUCAGUGUGGGGAAUGGUUUUUAGUGGUUUGUAACAAGAUGGACAUGCUUUGUACCACCAUCCAUUACGCGUAUCAAAAUGUGUAAUGGUUGUUCUACAUAUAACAGAAGUAUCCUAGAACAUGUUUAAGGAAACUGGUUAAUAUUAUGAAAAUAAUUAUCAAAUGUAAACAAUGAAAUAAGUCUUGGCUCUAA